AUGCCUCAAACAUCAACCACCGAAACUGCCGGGGAGGGCAAACUGGGUCGUUUCUUUGAUGAUGCUAGUGCCAUCCUUGGAGAAGCCAACAUCUCACGAGAUCACCAAUCUGGUGCGUUGAAGGGACCUCACGGCCAAUAUUCCUACGGCGAUCCAUAUUCGCCAACUGAAGAUCAUCAACCUAGCGGCGCAGUCAGACCCAGCAGCGUCAAAGAAGUCCAAAAUGUUGUGAGGCUCGCCAACAAACAUAGGGUAGCCCUAUGGACCAUCUCCCGGGGCAAAAAUCUAGGCUAUGGCGGGUCAGCACCAGUCGUCAAGGGCACUGUGGUUUUGGACCUCCAACGUAUGAACAAGGUUGUCGAGAUUAAUGAGGAGUAUGGAUACGCUAUAGUAGAGCCUGGUGUCUCCUUUUUCGACUUGUACGAAGAAAUCCAGCAGCUGGGACUCAACUUGUGGCCCUCGGUUCCGGCAAUUGGAUGGGGCUCUGUCCUGGGUAAUACCUUGGAUCGGGGAUUCGGCUACACGCCAAAUGGAGAGCACUCGCAGUUUCAGUGUGGGAUGGAGGUUGUUUUGCCCAACGGUGAGCUUCUUCGAACCGGAUCUGGAGCCAUGGAAGACAAUAAAACGUUUCCUCUCUACAAAGGAGGGUUCGGUCCAAGCGUUGACGGACUGUUCUAUCAGUCAAAUUUAGGCAUCGUUACCAAACUCGGUAUCCACAUCACUCCUGCGCCACAGGCAUAUGCCACGAUCGAAAUCGAUGUCCCGCGCGAAGAAGAUCUAGUCCCCCUUGUUGGAACGCUCUCCGACCUCAUGCGUCGCUCCAUCAUCCUCAACUCUCCAUCUAUCGCCAACAUCUUCCGCAUCGCACUAACUUCCAACCUUCCCGAAGUACAGGCGAACUUGGCUAAGUAUAUGAGACCUGGUUCCUGUGUACCUUACGUUGUUUUGGAGGAGAUCCGGGUGCAAAACGAAUGGGGCUUCUGGCGAGCAUACUUCUCCCUUUACGGCUCCGUCGAGCUGUUGCCUGCCCUGCUGAAGACCACACAACGCGCAUUCAACACUAUCGCAGGUGUGCAGAUCCGCUGGAAAGAACAUCGCGGGGUAGAGGGCCAGUACAUCCGGGCAUCAGAAAUCGGCCAGGAGGAGAUUCCACACAACGGUAUUCCGACACUUGCCCCACUCGGAAUUGUCAAUACACGUGUCUCCGAGGAUGGAGGUGCUCACACCUGCUUCUCACCUAUCUUGCCGCCUUCAGGCCGGGAGCUAUACGAAUGGUAUCUCGGCGCCAAGCAGCGCACACUUGAGGCAAAAUUUGACUUCUUUGCGGACUUUCACGUCUUUCCCCGAUACAUCAUCGGCAUUGAGCUCAUGAUCUAUAAACUGCCUGAGGAGAAGGCUGCUAUGGAUCUCUACGAGGAGCUCCUGCAAGAUGCGGCGCGGCAGGGAUAUAUGGGGUACCGAAUCCACGUGAAGUUUAUGGAUAAGGUAUCUGGGAAGCUCAAUUUUAAUCAGUCUGCUCUUCCCCGAUUCCUAGCUACAUUGAAGAACGCCCUUGACCCCAAUGGGAUUGUCUCGCCUGGGAAGUCCGGUAUCUGGAGCUCGUCAUCCUCGAGCAAGACAUCUAAAGAAGGAAUCUACGCGAUCAAAUAUUAUUAA